CCACCUGUGCCCAGCAGAUCACCCACCUGUGCCCAGCAGAUCACCCACCUGUGCCCAGCAGUGCACCCACCUGUGCCACUCUGCAGUGUCACACACCUGUGUCCAGAAGUGCCACCUACCUGUGCCCAGCAGUGCCACCCACCUGUGCCCACCCACCUGUGCCCACCAGUGCCACCCACAUGUGCCCACCAGUGCCACCCACCUGUGCCCACCCACCAGUGCUGCCCACCAGUGCAGCCCAGCAGUGCUGCCAGUCAGUGCCACCAUCAGUGCCACCAGUCAGUGCCCAGGAGUGAUGCCAGUCAGUGCCGUCUAUCAGUACCAAUCAUCAGUGUCACCUAUCAGUGCCGCCUAUCAGUGCUGCAUAUUAGUGCCGCCUAUCCGUGA